CCCAGCGCGGCGCGUUUCCGGGGGCGGCGCGCAGCGCUAGUGCUUACGCUGGCAGCCGCGCGGCUCGGGAGACGCGGGAGGUGCUGAGCGGCCGAAACCCGCAGACCCCGUCCCGGCGCGGCAGGAUGGUGGCGAAGCAGCGGAUCCGGAUGGCGAACGAGAAGCACAGCAAGAACAUCACGCAGCGUGGAAAUGUCGCCAAGACCUCGCGCAACGCGCCGGAGGAGAAGGCGUCGGUGGGGCCCUGGCUGCUGGCGCUUUUCAUCUUCGUGGUGUGCGGCUCCGCUAUCUUCCAGAUCAUCCAGAGCAUCCGGAUGGGCAUGUGAGAGCUUGCUCCCAAACAAUGUUUUUGCUCUCCUGUGAAUUACAAUGAACUGUCGUUUCCUGCGUUUGAGACCCUGGUGCGGAAGCAUAACUGCGUUCUCAGCCUGCUCUAGAAUGACUUUCCAUGGUGGCCACGCGUCAUUACAGGUUCCUUCACGAGUCAUUCCAGGUUUUCUAGUCCAUGCCACAGUGCCUUGAAAACCACCACAUGUAUAAAGCAAUAAAAUUCUAUUAUUGAUCUACAAUCGUGGACCUAGUUAUUCAGUGAAGUACACAUCUGUGUUCAAUGUAGAUAUGUUAAGCUGUAUGCUGUGUAGAUACGUAGGAGUUGAUUACAUCUAUUGUGUAAACACUAGUCUUAUGAUCUGUUAACCUUCUGUAUAAGUGGAAGUGGUUUUAUUUAAAAGAAUCCUAGCAUCUCUGUUUUAUAGUGGCUGUAUUGCAAAUGUAAAGCACCCUUAUAAUUAAGCCAGCUGGGCCAUUCACAGCAUUAUUUUUAUUUUGCUUAUCUAAGUGGAUCAUCAUUGUGUCUGUGUAGCCUAUCUCUACUACUGCAUGUGACAACGCAUUAGUGCUCAAAAUGCUUAUUAAUGAUGAAAACCUUAUCCCAUGCCCCUUGCAAAACUGUUCUAAUAAAAAUACAAGUGCUUGUUAGUGUAAAAUCAGUGGAUGUUACUUGAUCGGAGUGACCAAACAUGACACAAAGCAAACGCUGCUUCUGGCAUACUGUAAUACUGACAUACGUUUCACAAAAUGUGUAAUAGCUAUGGUAAGUAUUGCUGUUGAGACUAUCAGCACUAUUCAACUGUUCUUGGUAGCAGGUUAAACUAGGCUGUAAAUAUUCGUGAACCACUUCCAGCAAAUUAAAUGCUAUAUUUGUUUUAAAUACAAUGUGCCUUUUUCAUGUAGUUAAUAAGAAUCCAUCAAACAUGUGCCACUUACUUGCAAGCAACAUUUCCAAAGAAAAGGAGCAUUCUUCAAACAUGUAUGCUAAUAAUGCAGCUAAAUCUCUGCAAGGUGAGCCAUGCUACUGAAUCCAAAGUUGCCUCUGGGCUCUAGCAUUUAAAUUUCCUUAUACAUUCCAAGUAAGGAUGAAAUUUGGGUUUUAAUAUUUAAAAGAAAAGUCCAAAUUAAAACAAACUCCUUUAAUGACUUAAUGGAUUAUACCUAGCUUAUUUUACAGGCCUUUCAACCCUGGACUAUUCAAGAGCCUGUUGCAACAGCUAGGAGCAACUUUAAAGAUGGAGGUUUUUGUUGAAUGCUUUUUUUUUUUUUGGCAGAGUACGUCAACAGCUUGAUUGAGAUUUGCUUAUGUUAUGAACUACGCAGGAAAAGACUUUUUAGGGAUGCGUUCAAUUUAAUUUGUUUUGUAGCUAACUGCCAAAGGACAGAUUGACAGGUGGCAUAAACUCGUAAGUUCCAUCUGAAGUCAAAGGAGCUAUGGCUGUUUCUAGCACUUAAUGUGCUCCAGUGUCUAGACACAACUUCAUAUUUACAUUCCUUAUUCUUGGAAGUUCACAUAUUUUGUAAAUGGAAAAAGUGUAGAAUCUUGGUAUGAUUUUAAAUGCAUUUAAAAUGUGAAUCAUCUUUUAAACUCAAUGAGACAGUGCCUUAACUUGAUUUUUUUUUUAAUUGGGCCAUUCCAAAUCAAAUUAUCCAUGAAAAUAUGGGGGAAAAAGGCUUCUAUUUUUUUUUGCAGUUACGCUUGUCUAUACUAUAAGCUUUAUUGAUCAGAUGAACUUUUAAAUAGGUGUACAGCUUCAUAAUGUAGCACUUGUAAAACCAAAAUAAAUGCUUUUCUAUAUUUUCUGUCAGAAUGGAUUUAAAUACAAAACUUACCACUUCUCUGCAUUUUCUGUUGAAGCUUUAUUAAGUGAGAACCAUGUUGUCUGGUUUACCUCUGAAUAAAAAAUAUUCUGUAA